ACGCCAGCUCAGAGGACAUGAUAAGGAGCUCUUUACUGUUGCUGCAUGAGCUCACCAGCUGUGGCGACUCUGGACUUUCCCCAACAGCUUGCACUAUCCCCCUCUCUCACCCUCCCUAUCACUCACCCUCACUCUCUCUCACCCUCACUUUCUCUCACCCUCACUCUUCCCCUCUCUCUCUCUCUCUCUUUCUCUCACUCACUCACACUCCCAAAUGCACAGGGAUUGCAGCAGCGCGAGAUGGAGAUCUCCACUGCGUGUGUGAGUGCCUAUUGCCGGUGAGUGCAGGAACGGCAGCAGUGUCAGUGGUGCUUGAGUGAGGGGAAAGAGAGAGAGAGAGGCAGAGAGAAGGAGAGAAGUGGGGGAUAUCAUUGUGGAUCUUACGGGUUUAGAGGCUUUUUUCUUUCUUUCUCACUGCUAUCCUGAACCUUGGCUGAUGUGCCACAACUAUUGCAGCCGUCACUGCAGCGGUCCCCUCUCCUCUCUCUGGACAGAGCUCUCUAUGCCACUCAAUGAAUGGAUAUGCACCGGCUCAGUGGGAGAUCUCUGCUUUGUUGUCCUUUGAAUCACUGAUUUGUUUCUCACGAAGCCAUGGUGAGCAAGGAAAACAGCAAGGUCGUGCUAUCCAACUCAGAGUCCGAUUCAGAGGCAGGCCCGUCACAAAGCCUGGAGGUGCAGUACGGUCCUGACGGCAAACAGCAGGUGAAGAAGAGGAACAAAGCCUUACAAGUCCGCUUCAAGGACAUAUGUGACGCUCAGAAGGAGCAGCGGGCAGGGGGGCGAGGAGCCCGGUCCAUUUCCUGUAAAGUGGCUUACAGGAAGUACAUGACGAUGCCUGCGCGGCGCUCCAUCCCCAAUGUGACUAAGAGCACAGGUGUCCAGACGUCACCAGACCUUACGAAACACUACCAGACUUUCCCCUUCGAGCGAAAGAAAGGACACACGAUCAAACACACGGCCUUGGUGGAGGACUACAAGGGCCAGAACAACGGGUUUUUGAGUGACUUGAAAGGGCAGGAGGAGGCGCUGGGUUUGGAGGAGUGCUCGUCUUCUCAGGGUGCAGGGAAGCAUGUGCGGCAGACGCAAGCACUGCUGCACCACACGGACGACAGCAGUGGCACAGAGGAUCUGUUAUCCAUUGCCAACUGUGUAGAUGGGCGUGCGUGCCCGGACUCCUCUCGCAUCACAAAGGACACAGAAUGCUUUGCAAACGACCCAACUCCCAGGGGAGAGCCAGAGAACCCUGCCUAUGGCGCGAGGACCAAACACAAAGGAUUAUCCAAAGCGGACACAAUGGGUGUCAACCCUUCUGCCAAGCGCCAGCUGGCCAACUGUGAGGAACCCUUACAGGACUCAAGGUCAAAGGUCACAAGUCCAGUUGCCUGGAACUCCCUGACGCAAGUGGAAGGUCUAGGCCUAGGGAGUCCGUCGGUGCGCUGCAAACGCAAAAAGGCCAUGCAGCCCAAUGGACAACAGUCCCAGACUCUGCCCCACCCUCACAGUGCUGGCUGCUCUGUAGCUAGGGUAAAGGCACAUCAGUGCCGAUCAGGGACUUUACCAACCCCAAUGAAACCCCAACCGGGCCUGGACAGCCAGGCUUGCCCCCCAGGACGGCAGGGUGCCUGCAAGGAGAUAGUGCCCUUAGCUGGGAACGGGGAUAUUAAAGAAAAGCUCCAGGCCAUGGAAAACCUCAUCAGCUCCAGUCAGGAGACCAUCAAAGUCUUACUGGGGGUCAUCCAAGAGCUGGAGAAGGGCGAGGCGCAGAGAGAAGGGCUUUCCUACCGAACAGGACAGGACACAGCCAACUGCGACACGUGUCGAAACAGUGCCUGCAUCAUUUAUAGUGUGGAGCUGGACUUCAAGCAGCAGGAGGACAAGUUACAGCCCCUGAUUAAGAGACUGUGCCCCUUGGACGACCCUCAAUACCCUGCUCUGCCUUACCCCCACGAGGUGUUCACCUCAACCCCCAAACGCAAGUCCAAGACAGAGUCCAAAAAGCAUGGUCGCUGGAAACUCUGGUUCCUAUAAUUUAGGGAACACUUUGGAUUUUGGAAUGGCCUUUUGGAUCAGUUUUUACCCAUUUACUAUCUUCUCUCAAAGGGAUUUAUCAGAACAGAUGUUUUGCUCCAGAGGACAGAUAACCAGAUACCAGUAAACCAUCUACAGUAUAUCAGGAUUCUGAGUUGGAACUGCACUAGAAAUCAAUGGGGGGGGGGGGUUAAAAAAAAAAUAUAUAUAUAUUUUCUCAUGGAGGUUGAGAGUCUGCCAAGACUUCAGUUUCUGGCUCAAAUACCAGAGAAGAUCAACUUAUACUCUGGCUAGAGGUUAGCAAAACAACAAGAGACCUCUGCUUGAGUAGAAGAGGAGUCAUCAUGUGGAAGGCCUGUUUCUCUACAAAGCUACUUUAACCGUACAUCAGCCUGUCGGCACAGCACAAACAUUUGGAGACUGAGAUGGAAGAAGAAGUUAUAUACAGUACAUUACAGUAUAUUAGUGAACCAACUCUACAUGAACCCUUCUUGCCCCUUCUCUCCAGUCUUGAGAAAACCCAAUCUCUGUCUCCCAGUCUCUCUCUCUGUCUCUCUUUCCCCCCUCUCUCUCUCUCCCCCCUCUCUCCUUCUCUUCCAUCUCUCUCUCUCCCUCGCUCUGUCUCUCUCUCCCAUCUCUCUCGCUCUCUCUCUCUUCCAUCUCUCUCUCCCUCAUUCUCUCUCUCUCUCUCUCUCUCUCUCUCUCUCUCUCUCUGUCUCUCUCUCUGUCUGCACACAGACACACACUUCAGGAGUAUGUUAAGAAUGAUUGAGGUAUCUGAGAUCCUAGACUGCGUUGUCUUUUAGAAACAGGAUGUAAUCCAAGUUAUAGUUCUCCUCGAAGCUGUUCUAAUCCCUCAGUGUUCAGAAAUAGAAAAAAAUGGACUUAUUUUGAACAUAUUAAAGUUUAUUGAUAUGUUUUAUUACUGUGUUAUUCAACCUGCAGUAUACUUUUGUUUUAAAUACCUUAAAUGCUUUUCUUAAAUAUAAGUUGAAAAAGUAAGCAUAUUUUGCAACUUCUUUAUCAUGUCACAUGCAUAAAGCUUUCCGUGUCUUUAACUUACGUACUGGCUAACAUCGCACUAGCUUAUUCUCACCCACAGCAAGGAAAUGUACUGUAAAGACAUUAUGAAAUUCAUCACUAUUCUCUCUGCGAUAUGUAUUUCACAUUCUAACACACUUGGCUUAAUUGAUCCUCAUCACAGACCACAUGGUCAUUCACAUGAUGCUAUAAUUCUGCAAUUGAUUGAUUAACACUGAUCAGCACCAAACGCCUUUGAUUACCAUCUCCUAUAUGAUUACGUUAGGGGUGAAAUCAACUCACCACCCAGGAGAAGCAAUCCAUGCACUGAACUUGCAAUCUUUAUAUUUCUAGACCAGUGAUAAAUAGUGACUUUGGUAGCAGAGAGAUUCAGUUGAUGUAGCCACGAAAACUAUACACUUACUGCACCAUUAGUUUAUGGACAAUCAUUUCAAUCACACAUAAAAAAUGUCACACAGACAUCAUGUGAUUCAAUCACACAUCUGUUCUUGUCGACUGGGUUACCAAGUCUUUCAUUAUUCUGCAGUAGCAUACUGAAAGACAGACACAUAGCGAUACCUUAAGGAAGUGCAAUUCAUUGAUCAUGUGCAAUAUUAUGCAUUUUGUACUGUUUUUACCUCACACAAAAUGCAUUUUCAAUAAAAACCAAUAUAAUUAUGAGAGGUGUGCUGAAAUUAUUCUGUGGUAUACUGUGUGAAUUGCAGGGAAGCGACAGUUUGAUACAAAGCAAUGUUGAUGGAAUGUAAAAAGUUGGACCGUCUGAGAACCGGUAGGUACAUCAACAUGGUACAGUACAUGUCUUAAUCUAUGCUCUCUUCCCUGUCUUGUGGAGAAAGACUUGUAGCAUGACCAGGGCUCAGCUGCAGUGUAGGAUUGUGUAGAGGUCUGCCCAGUCACUCUCAGAACUCUUUCGCCCUCUCUUUCUCUAAAUGUGAUUGGCCCACUCUCUGGCAGGGACACUACUGGUGUGCCCUGAGGUUUGACAGUUUCCUGCCUGCCACCUGCUGCCAAGAUACUGUCUGCUUGGACACCUGAAUUCAAGGGUGUAAUUUCCCUCUCUCUACCUCCCUCCCUAUAUUGCUUCAUCCCUCACUUCCGGCAGUGAAACCAUGGUUACUAUGGUGAAACAGGUUGGAUAAUUGAUGCAAGCUCAGUGGCUCAGCUCCCUAAGGAGCUAAGUGGUUCAGGUCCCUAAGGAGCUAAGUGGUUCAGGUCCCUAAGGAGCUAAGUGGUUCAGGUCCCUAAGGAGCUAAGUGGUUCAGGUCCCUAAGGAGCUAAGUGGUUCAGGUCCCUAAGGAGCUAAGUGGUUCAGGUCCCUAAGGAGCUAAGUGGUUCAGGUCCCUAAGGAGCUAAGUGGUUCAGGUCCCUAAGGAGCUAAGUGGUUCAGGUCCCUAAGGAGCUAAGUGGUUCAGGUCCCUAAGGAGCUAAGUGGUUCAGGUCCCUAAGGAGCUAAGUGGUUCAGCUCCCUAAGGAGCUAAGUGGUUCAGGUCCCUAAGGAGCUAAGUGGUUCAGGUCCCUAAGGAGCUAAGUGGUUCAGCUCCCUAAGGAGCUAAGUGGUUCAGGUCCCUAAGGAGCUAAGUGGUUCAGGUCCCUAAGGAGCUAAGUGGUUCAGGUCCCUAAGGAGCUAAGUGGUUCAGGUCCCUAAGGAGCUAAGUGGUUCAGGUCCCUAAGGAGCUAAGUGGUUCAGCUCCCUAAGGAUAUUUAUAGUGUAUGAGUUUAACUGUGCUUUUGUACGUGUCAACUUUCCAGGAAGAAUUUGAUGGAAUAGAAAAUCUCCCUUUAUAGAACAAUGUAAGGGCCUUCUCAUUAUCCACAUCCCCAUGGUGGUUAAAGCCAGGCGAUGAUGGCAUUUCUACCCAUACUUACUCUAUCCACUAUUGGGAUAUCUAGUCAUAAAAGCUACUUGACAAGCGAGCCCUCUCAAACUGCAUACUGAUGUUUCAAGUUGAAAUGUGAGGCAAUGCUGAGGCAUGUAGCCUACUGCAGUUUACCACAUCAGUGAAGGAUUUGCUAUGGCAUCCGCCAGGUACUUUCAUGUUAAGUGUGCUGUGCACAUCACAGGACCAUCCACUUUCAAUCCCUUUUACCAACCCGACCCAGUACUGUGGCCACUACUACAGACAGAUAACCAUAAAAGACAUCAGUGAACAACCAUCAUUUUUUUGGGCCAUUUGAGACCCCAUACAAAAGCAUGGCUGGUAAGACCAUGUGGUUUAUCUACUGUAAGCCAACCAACAUCACACUUCAUGACUGAGGGUUCCUUCUCAAGCAUAUAAUCCUUUAAACCAUGAUUCAAAUAACUGCUGGUGGGUUUAAGAUGUACUUUGGGCAGAGUUGGAGUUCCACAAUGAAGCUUACAAGGUAAACUGUUUUACAAUUCAAUACCUAUCACAGAAACCACCACUAUCACCUAAGCAUCAAUGUUUUAAGAUUU